AUGGCCGACGCAGUCCAGGCCGCCAUCGCCGCCGCGCUGGAGCCCGCCGGUGCGAUGCACUCAGCCAUCUUGGCUGAGAUCGGGAAGGCGUUUGAGCAGGGCCAGCCAGGCGAGCUGGCCAUCGCCGCCGGUGGGGCCGCCGCUGUCAACACGCACACCUGCGCCUGCGUGGCCGCUGCUCUGAAGGACAAGGAUUCCGAGGUUUACCAGCUGAUCCAGUCCGAGUACGACCGGCGCGCUGACGAAACCUUCCCCUGCAGGGCCAAACUGCGCCUGCUUACAGUCGCAGAGUGGGCAGCCGCCUGGCGCGAUCUGGUUGUCGACUCGGACCAGGUCUCGUGGACCAUGCAGGCGGUGGAGCACAACCCGGCCCUUGCCAACAUCAUGGCCUUUUCAGCAAGCAAUCCCGCGAACUUGGAGCUUCAGGAGUUGAAGCGGGCUACUACGGCACGUCAUGCGGCGAAGGUCUCCUGGAAGAAGCUGUGCCUGAGCGCCCACGGCGGCUCCUGGGACAAGCUCAAGAAUUUCCUUCUGGAGAAAUCCGAUUCGCCUCUCGAGAACGUGAAGGUGCUAGCCCGUUCGUUGCUCGCGCUGAUCAACCUGAUCGAACGCCGCUGCGCUGUCGUGCAGUCGGCCGAGAAGAAUGGCCCUGAGAAAGCUGCCGCCCAGAGGGCGGCGCUGAUGGACACGAUCUAUCAGACGAUCAAGCAAUGCAAGCGGCGCACGACCAAGACCAGUGCUUCGUCCACCCUUGAGCACGAGGUGCUGCUCCGGGAUUUUGCGCAGGACAUCAUCCUGGGCGGGGCGGCGGCGGCAUUCGGGGGGCCAUUGUCACGUUCGCGUGAGGCGCCGGCUUCUUCGGGCACUCAGGCAGCUACGUGUGACACUCCACCGCCGGCGAAGGUCCCCAGGCUCUCCGUCGCCUCCGAUGGGCCGGCAGCCUCGGCCUCGCCAAACCCAAGUGGCGACAGGAAGCAGCUGGUGAACCGCCUGCUCCAGGAACUCGUCGGUCUCGUGCAGAAAAGACGCGUGGUCAAGUACACCUUGAAGCAGUGCCGAGAGAUGAAGAAUCUGUGCGUCUUGCCGCGCACCAAGUGCACGGCCUCCGGCAGGACCACCAACCUGCAGCACUGGGUGGCGGAGUGCAAGCACUGGCGUUCGCCGCAGGCGCCUGCUGUGGGCUCUCAGGGUCUUUUGGCUUUCUUGGCCAGCAGCCGUGCGGCGCAAGGCGGCCCGCUCGUGCCCCCCGACCGCUUGGGCGAUCGGCGACUCCAGGGCCCGCGCCCAACCUUGCCCUUCCUGACCGAAGACUGCGCGCCGGCCGCGCUGGAGGCACGCCGGAAGGCAGCGUCGGACAUCCACGCGUGCUUCAACGCGGCGUGGGAGGACAGCACCAGGACGCGCUACGACAACACGCUCCGCGGCGUGGUGAGCGGUGCGGAGUCGUCCACCCAGAUGGCGCUUUUGCCUUGCGACAACGAGGUCACGCUGAUGUUGCUCUUCUCGGGGUUUCUCCGGCGACCGUGGGGCUCAGUGUGCGCCGCCAAAGCUGCAGUCAGGGUUUGGCACCUCGAACGUAAUUUGCUGCAGUCCUUCGAGGCUGCGUGGACCCCCCGGGCCUGGCAUUUCUGGCGUGGUCUUAAGAAGCUGGCUGAUCAUUCGCUCCGCCGAGCAAAAAGACCGCUCUCGCUGUUGGGGAUCACAUCAGUGCAGCGGAGUCGCCUGGCACAGACUUCUGUCGCUGGCGUGAGGGAUGCGGCCAUGAUAGCUUUUGCUUUUUUCGGCAUCCGGCGUUUCGCGGAGCUGCAGGCACUCGUGGUGUCUGACGUGGUGGGCCAAGACACAGCGUUCCAGUUCAGGAUCAGAAGGCAGAAGAAUGAUCCGUUCGGUGAAGGUCUGCUCGUCUGGGUGCCCGAGACCCAGGCUUUGGGGCCGCUGUGUCCGACGAAGUUGCUGCGGAGCUGGCUGCGUCUACGAGCCGAGGCGCGCGGGGAGGUCGAGGGUUUUUUCUUCUGCGUGACAGGGGCGGCCGAUCUCAAGCCUGUUUCCGCCGACACAUUCCGGACUGCUGUGGCGCCGUGCGCGGGCAGCCUGCGCCAUGGCGUCACACCCUGCAGAGCAGCCCCCCUCAGUGCUGUUGCGGCGCUGUGCAAGGACAGCCUGCGCCAGGGCGUCACGCCCUGCAGAGCAGCCUCGCGCAGGGCUGUUGCGGCGCUGUGCAGGGGCAGCCUGCGCCAGGGCGUCACACCCUGCAGAGCAGCCUCGCGCAGGGCUGUUGCGGCGCUGUGCAGGGACAGCCUGCGCCAGGGCGUCACACCCUGCAGAGCAGCCUCCCGCAGGGCUGUUGCGUCGCUACGCGGGCAGCUUGCAGGGCGCAACUAUCGCCCCGUCCUGCAGGGCACGGGCGAAGGACAGCGCCCCACAACACGCCAUCCGCACCUCAGCGCCGAGCACGGCCGGAGCAGCGUGCCAAUCAACCAACCAACCAAGGAAGAGGAAGGGAGGACAACGUGGCAGCCCCACGCGAAGUACGCCAGCUUCUGCGAGGCCACCGGCCGUGAGAUGCGAGGAUCCGCCGCGCCGCGGAGGCACUGCCAGGCGUUCUGCACGGUGGCGGCGGGGCUCCUCCAGCGGCAGCGGGUGCGCCAGCGAGCCAGGUCGCCCCCCGCAGCGCCUGCAGCUCGCCGGGCCCCGCGCCGCUCGGCGGCGCGGGCUCGCCGGAGCGGGCGCCGCUGGCCCUCGGCGCGGCGGCCGCGCUGUCGCUGGGUGGGCGGCCGUCGCCUGGCAGCCCGGACUGCACGCAGUCGGCGCCGCUCGUGCCCAGCGCUUCGCGGCAGCGCGGCCGGACAGCGCCGCGGCACGGGCCCGCGGACCCCGCUCCGCCGCGGACCCGGGCCGGACACGGGCGGCCUCGACGACGAGACGGCGCAGGCGCUGAGGCAGUUCAUGAGGAUCGGGAACUGGUCGCUGGCGGCAUCCUGUAGCUCCGGGGCCUCAUGCGGGGGCGAGCUGGCAUGCGUGCCUGUGGAGCCCGAGCGCAAGGGUCUUGGGUCCGACAGCACGCGUGGCGUGCGGUGCAUCACGAAGUUCGACAUCUUCGACACCAUCGACGAGGAACGGAUGCAGGAGUUCGAGCUCAUGACGAAGGAGAAAGACGUGUCGUCGACUUACGACGCGUUCGUGCAGAAAAAGAAGAAAGGGGGUCGCGACGCCUCGAAGUUCAUGUCCGCGAUUGGCAUCGUCAGGGGGUCUGGAUCGGAUGGCACCAUGGAGUUGCACUGA